AUGGAUAUUAUUACUGCUCAAAAGAUUGCUCAAGAAAUUGAUUUGAUAGUUGACUCUGCUGCUAACACUACAUUUGAUGAGAGAUAUGACUUAGCACUUGACGCUAACGUAAAUGGUCCACGUCAACUCAUGAUGUUUGCCAAGAAAUGCAAAAAACUUAAACUUCUUAUGCAUUAUUCUACCGCGUAUGUCAAUGGAGAAAGAGAAGGGAUAAUAUUGGAGAAGCCUUUUACUAUGGGAGAAAGCAUAACAAAGGAGAAAAUCACUUCAAUUUCUCCCUUUACUAAUUUCCCAUCAUUGCAUGCUGACAAUGAAAUGGACUUAGUUUCAAAAUUGAAGAACAAUAUUACAAACAAUGGCUUGGAACAAAUAAUGAAGGAUUUAGGACUUGAGAGGUCAAAGUUAUAUGGAUGGCAAGAUACAUAUUCAUUCACGAAGGCAAUUGGUGAAAUGAUGAUUAAUAGCAUGAGAGAAGAAAUACCAGUACUCAUUCUUCGUCCCUCCAUUAUAACAAGCAGCUAUAAAGAGCCAUUUUCAGGCUGGAUACAAGGAUUAAGGGUAAUUGACCCAUCAAUAUUUUUCUAUCGAAAGGGUGACCUCCCUGCCCUUCUUGGCGAUCCUGAUUGUCUUCUUGAUAUGGUUCCAGUUGAUAUGGUUGUAAAUACAACUAUGGCUGCAAUUGCAAAGCAUGGAUAUUUGCAAAAUCCAGAACUAAAUGUCUACCACUUGACAUCAACAUCUCUGAAUCCUGUUACAAUAUCUCAAUUUUUUGAUUACUGCCAUGAAUACUUCACUUCAUUUCCUUUUGUUAACUCAAAAGGAGAUAAAGUGAAAAUUAGGGAGAUGAAAUAUUUUAACAAAAUUUCAGAUUUUGAAAAUUAUAUUUGGAAGGUAAUAUUCAAGCAACAUGAAGUACGAGAGGAUUUAGCUGAAGAAGAUAUUAAAAAGGUUCAGAAACGUUUUCAAAAGAAGGUGGAAUAUUUGAAGCAGUUUAGCAAGCUCUACGAAUCAUACACUUUCUACAAAGGCCGGUAUGUGUGA